GCCGCCCCGCCCCUCCGUCCUCGCAAUAAGGGGCACGGGCGGGGCGGGGAGGAGGGCCAGCCGACGCCAGCCCGCAGGUCGGCCUAGCGACCGCGGUCCGAGCCCCAGGCCCUCGCCGUCGGGGCUCCGAGGGCGCCGCCGCCGAGCGCGGCCAUGGAGUUCUGGCCCUGGCUGACCGCGGCGCUGCUGCUGCUGCUGCUGCUCGUGCAGCUGAGCCGCGCGGCCAAGUUCUACGCCAAGAUCUCCCUGUACUGCGUGCUCUGCUGCACGGUCUCCAUCGUGGCCGCGGUCGUCUGCCUGCUGCGCCACGGCGGCCGGACAGUGGAGAACAUGAGCAUCAUCAGCUGGUUCGUCCGGACCUUCAAGUACAUCUAUGGCCUUCGCUUUGAGAUAAAGGGCCGCCAGAAGCUGGAGGUGGACCACCCCUGUGUCAUCGUCUCCAACCACCAGAGCAUCUUGGACAUGAUGGGCCUUAUGGAAACUCUCCCCCGGCGCUGUGUGCAGAUCGCCAAGCGGGAGCUGCUCUUCACGGGGCCUGUGGGCCUCAUCAUGUACCUGGGAGGCGUCAUCUUCAUCAAUCGGCAGCGCUCCAGGACCGCCAUGACCGUGAUGGCCGACGUGGGCGAGCGCAUGGUCAGCGAGAAUCUCAAAGUGUGGAUCUACCCCGAGGGCACGCGAAAUGACAAUGGGGACCUGCUGCCUUUCAAGAAAGGUGCCUUCUACCUGGCAAUCCAGGCCCAGGUGCCCAUCAUCCCCGUGGUGUACUCCAGUUUCUCCUCCUUCUACAACCCCAAGACGAAGCUCUUCACCUCAGCAACCAUCAAGGUAGAAGUGCUGGACGCCAUCCCCACCAGGGGCCUCACCGUCGCUGAUGUCACCACGCUCAUGGACAACUGCCACCAAGCCAUGAGGACCACCUUCUUCCGCAUGUCCAAGACACCCCAGGAGAACGGGGCCACUGCUGGGUCUGGUGCCCACCCAGCCCAGUAGCCAAGGCCUGGGGUGGGGCAGGACUUGGGGUGGGGCAGGUGGGGGCAGGACCUGACUAGAGUAUGGACAGAGGGACCCCCACCCCACCCUGGCUGCCAAAUAUCAGUGUCCCACUCCCACAGCUCCCUGGCUUUCAUCCAGGCCCCUGUCACUGGCCUGGGAUCCAAGCCCUUGAUGCCCCUGCAAAGGAGUCAGCUGGAGCCUCCCCGAGCUCUGAGGGCAGGGCCUCACCCACCCUGUGCCUCCAGGAUCCGCAUGUAGGAGGAGCCCUGGGGCCAGAGCAAGUGGCCUGAGCUGAGGCCUCCGCCCUCCUGCUGGGCUCCCAGCCAUGGGCCUGUAUCAGGUCUCAGGGAGAGGCAGGCUCUGGGGUGGGGUCUGUACCCCCGCCGGCCCUGGGGAGCACGUGCUGAAUUGGUACUGCACUUGGUUGUUUUUUAUAAAUGAACUGUUGGAAGUG